GCCGUUGUCCCGAGGUUAGCAGCCAGCAGCUAAGCCGUUCGUCGGCGACGUCGUUGAGGAAAGGCGCCGCAGCAGAAAACAAGCGAAUCCGCCUGAAGGAGGUCUCUCUCUCGGAGGACAAAGAGUAUAAAGAUGCCUUCAGCAAGGGUUGGCAACAGUGCACUCCAGUCCGCCAGUCCAGAGUUGUCACCCGCCAGUCAUUCUGAGGCCAUGAAGCAGGUGCUGAGCGUGAUUGACAAGAAGGUUCGCAACAUGGAGAAGAAGAAGGCCAAACUGGACGACUAUCAGGCCAGGAAGAAUAACGGAGAGAGACUGAAUCAGGAUCAGCUGGAGGCCUUGUCAAGGUUCCAGGAAGUGAUCAACAACCUGGAGUUUGCUCGGGAAUUACAGAAGAGUUUCAUGACUUUGGGCCAAGAAGUCCAAAAAGCUGUGAAGAAGUCUGCAAGACGGGAGCAACUGCAACGUGAGGAAAUGGAGCAGCGGAGGCUGAAGACUGUUUUGGAGUUGCAGUUCUUGUUGGAUCGGUUGGGAGAUGACGUCGUCAGGCAAGACCUGAAGCGGCCCGAUGCGUCUGGUUCUCCCUUGCUCACCGAGGCAGAUCUCACAACGCUUGAUGAGUUUUACAAGCUGGUGGGACCUGACAGGAACUAUAAUUUAAGGCUGACUGACCAGUAUGAGGAGGCCUCGUUACAUUUGUGGGAACUGCUAGAGGGUCGAGACAAGGCUGUGGUAGGAACCACAUACAAGGCACUUAAGGAAACUCUGAAUAAGGUGUUGCUGAGUGGUUACUUUGACAGAGUGCAAACACAUCAGAAUGGAGUGUGUGAGGAGGUGGAGGAAGAAGAGGAGCAGGAGCAGGAACAUGAAGGACAGGCUGUGGCGGCUGACUCCAAGGCUGGGGAACAGCCAUCAGAACCUGAAGGAACGGCCACUGAAGAAUUCACAGAGCCCAUCAAAGUGGAGGCCACAGAGUUUGUAAACAGACAGUUCAUUCCAGAGACCGGGUAUGUCAGUAUAGAAAAGGACCAAGUGGAGGAGUGGACAGUGGAGGCCCAGAUGGUGAAUGCCCUACAGCAUCAGCCCCCCGUCCAGCUAGCUCCAGAACCACCCCUCUCAGUGAACCAUAUCGACCCCUGCCAGACUGCUGACCCAGUGGUCAGGAGACAGGCGGUCCAAGAUCUCAUGGCCCAGAUGCAAGGCACCUACAACUUCAUGCAGGACUCCAUGCUGGAGUUUGAUGGACAAGCCCUGGACCCAGCCAUUGUGUCUGCUCAGCCCAUGAAGACUGUGCCAACUGUGGAUCUACAGCAGAUUGGCUGUGCCCCGGCCCACUCAGACUCCAGGCUUCCCCAAACAAGCACGGUUUCUGGACCACAAGAAUCCUCACAGGCCUCGAUGUCUCUGUCGUCCGAGCAGUCCCCUGCCCCGUCCUCCCUGCCCCCUGCCUUCCCACCUGUCUCCAAACCCACCCACACCGGGGGCAUCAAUGUCAACGCAGCACCAUUCCAGUCCAUGCAAGCGGUAUUUAACUUAAACGCCCCUGUUCCCCCAACCAGUGAGAGUCAAGGAGACUCACUGAAGCAGCCCGGCCAGUUCCCCAGUGGCUAUGGACAGGGCUUUAGCAGCCAAUCGGAGCAUGCCAUUGACCAGUCUGACCUCCCACAGGAGGCACUUCAGUCAGUUGUGGGGGGGUUCCAAUCCCAAGACCAGGUCAUGUCCUCAUCUGGGGGCCACCAGCAGUCAUCAACGGGCGCUGGGUUUGGGCGGUCAGGCCAGUCGUUCUACAACAGCAGGGCUAUACCCAGGGGUGGACCCCGGAAUCCCCGUGGCAUGAUGAACGGCUACAGGGGUUCCUCCAAUGGUUUCAGAGGAGGCUAUGACGGCUAUCGUCCACCUUUCUCAAACACUCCCAACAGCGGUUAUGGUCAAACCCAGUUUAACACGUCUCGGGACUAUUCCAACAACACCUACCAACGGGAGGGUUAUCAGCAAGGCUCCAAACGGGGAGCUGCCCAGGGGCCUAGAGCCUGCUCCCGAGGUAACGCCCAAGCAAUGCGAUCCUGAAGGAUCCCUUGGAUCGUCAAUUUGCGCCACGAUGAACAUUCAGAAUCUUUGAAUGUGCUCUCCCCGCACCCCCCCCCCCACGCUCACUUUUUCAACAUUUCUUUAUCACUGAUCUUUUUUUUAUUAUUAUUAAACUCCUUGCCUCCCUUAUCCAAGUCAACCCUGCUUUAGAAUUUCUAGAUACUCCUAACGUUUUAACACACGCAGCGCUGAACUUCACCGCAUUUAGAAAUAUCAGCAAGUUUCGGUGUUAUGAACUAUAUAGAUAUUCCUGUAAACUUGAAAGAUUUCAUUAAUUUAUUUUUUUGUACAAAAUAAAUGCAAAAAAUACCCCUGCCACUGUCAGUCCAAUCCCAUGAGAAAGUUAUUUUGUUUUACUGCCCCAUGCUGUCAGCCACUUUUUUUUCUUUUUUAAUUUUCAUAGAAACUGUUAAUGUUUUUCCUUUUUCCACUUUCCUUCUCCAUAGUAUCAUCACCUCUUUGUAAGCUGAUGUUAUUGGUUGAGCGACUGUUUCAAUAAAGAUGUG